AUGUUAUCAAUUGUAGCUUUUCUCCAGUUGGGAAUAUCAACGCUUACAAUAACCUUCUUAUCAUUUUGCGUAACGAAGGAAAGACAAUUCAGCAUUACGACUUUCUACAUGUUUUCUUUCCUCUAUUCAAUAAUAGUGCAAUUCUUUAUAUACACCUAUCAUGGAACAAACCUUCAGGAAAAGACUAAAAAUAUUUCGCUGGCCAUAUACGAAUCGAAAUGGCAUUUAUUUGAUAUAAGUAUACAAAAAGACAUAGCAUUUGCUGUAAUGGGUGCUCAGAAGAAACUUACUUUAACUGCCGGAGGAUUUCUUGUUAUCAACAAUAACACUUUACUUCAGGUAUUUAAAUCUUCGUUUUCGUAUAUUACCCUUUUGCUGUCUUUAUCAAAGUGA